UGGCUUCCCGAUUCGGGCCCUCGCAGCCGAUCCACUCCCCAAACUAGUUCGAGUGUCGUCGUCCUCCCCGAGACCCCGACCUUCGAUCAAGCUCUAAAACCCUAAUUCUAGGGUAUUAUUUCGUUUUUGCUCAUCAAUCCCUUGCAAAAGGUCUGUGAUCGUCGAAUUGGAGAAGCAAUAGAACCCUUCCUAUCUCACAAGGUGUGGAAGAGGAUAUGGGGAGAAUCUGAAACACUAGAGGAUGGAUUGGUGGAGUAGUCGUUGAAGCCCCAUUACUCUUUCCCCGGGGACGGGAGGAACCAAAGGAUGCAGUACGAGCACGAACAAGAGCUCGAGGUCCACAACAACAAUGGCGACGAUGGUUUGGAGGGUCCCGUUAGAUGCCUACGCUGUGGCAUCAGUGCAAAUGCGACGCCACAUAUGCGCCGUGGGCCUGAGGGACCGAGGACUCUAUGCAAUGCUUGUGGAAUUGCAUGGACAAAGAAUUUGCACAAACAGGGGAAAAUGAGAAAAGUAAUUGAUUCUGAUGCUCCUCUAGAUGACAUUGCUAUUGAGAAGCUGGUCCCUACGAUUGACAUGGAAUUCGAAAGCGAAGAGAAGGCAUAUGAGUACUACAAUCGGUACGCCGGGCAUGUCGGUUUCAGCGUCAGAAAAAGCUCAUCAGAUAAAUCCGCCGAAAAUAUCACUAGAUCAAGAACCUUUGUGUGCUCAAGAGAAGGUUUUCGUAAAGACAAAAAGGGAGCAAAAGAAGUGAAAAGGCCGCGGCCCGAAACAAGAAUUGGGUGCCCGGCACGGAUGACUAUUAAAAUAACAUCGACCGGUAAAUAUCGUGUAACUGAAUUUGUACCUGACCAUAACCAUCAACCAGCCCCACCUUCAACCACCCAUCUGUUAAGGUCGCAGAGGAUACUUACCGAGCUUCAAGCUUCUGAAGCAGAUUUGUCCGAUGAUUCGGGAACAACACCACCGAAAUCAGCCAAUGAUAAUAUGGUGAAACGAGUAGGUGGCCCUAAAAAUGUCGCCUUUCCCCCUCCAGAUUAUAAAAAUUUUCUCCAGUCCAAACGUAUGAAGGCUAUGCAAAUGGGUGAUGCAGGAGCCACGUUAAAGUACCUCCAGAGUAUGCAGUUCAAUAAUCCUUCUUUCUUUUACGCCAUUCAAGUCGACGAAGAUGAUAAAAUAACCAAUGUUUUCUGGGCAGAUGCGAAAUCCAGAGCAGAUUUUAACCCCUUUGGUGAUGUCAUUUGUUUCGAUACAACCUAUAAAAUAAAUGGAUAUGGUAGACCGCUGGCUCUGUUCCUUGGUGUGAAUCAUCAUAAACAGACCGUUAUCUUUGGUGCAGCUUUGCUGUAUGAUGAAUCUAUCGAAUCUUUUAAGUGGCUGUUUGAGACCUUCAAGAUCUCAAUGCAUGGAAAACAACCAAAAACAGUGUUGACCGAUCAGUCUAUGGCAAUAAGUAGUGCAAUUGCCACAGCAUGGCCUGGUACGAACCAUAGGCUUUGUGUAUGGCAUGUGUAUCAAAAUGCAGUCAAGCACCUCAAUCAUGUAUUUCAAGGCUCAAAAACUUUCGCAAAGGACUUUAGCAGGUGCGUUUAUGAUUAUGAGGAAGAAGAGGAGUUCCUUCUAGGAUGGAGAGCUCUGUUAGAGAAGUAUGACCUUGCAAACAAUGAGUGGUUGUGUAAGCUAUUUGAGGAGAGGGAUAAAUGGGCUUUGGCUUAUGGGAGGCAUGUAUUCUGUGCCGACAUAAAGAGCACUUUACAGUGCGAAAGCUUGAGCAAUGUGCUGAAGAAGUACUUAAGUCCACAAUUGGAUCUCUUGUCCUUUUUCAGGAAUUACGAGAGAGUACUGGAAGAACACCGCUACGCAGAACUACAAGCUGACUUUCAUGCAAGUCAAAGCUUUCCGAGAAUACCCCCAUCGAAGAUGUUGAGACAAGCCGCUAACAUAUAUACACCCGUGGUGUUUGAAAUUUUCCGUAAGGAGUUUGAGAUGUUCAUGGAUUCUAUGUUAUUCAGCUGUGGCGAGGUCGGCACGGCAUCAGACUACAGAGUCGCCAUCACAGAGAAACCUAAGGAACACUUUGUUAGAUUUGAGUCGAGCGAUUGUUCUGUCGUCUGCAGUUGUAAGAAGUUUGAGUUUACGGGGAUUCAAUGUUGUCAUGCAUUGAAGGUACUUGAUUUUAGGAACAUCAAGGAGCUGCCUCAAAAAUAUUUCUUGAAGAGGUGGAGAAAAGACGCCAAGUCUGGAAAUAAAGGAGAAAAUCAAGGGGUUGCUAAUGAAGGGGACUCCCGAUCCCCUACAAGCUCGUCGCUGAAUGUUCCUGCAUCAUCAUAUGCAAACCAACAAGGGUUUCAUGCCAUGAAUCUAUAUAGUCAGGAUUCUGCUGCUUCUGAUUUGCAUCAACAGCCAUUUCAUGGGGCUGCUCAUCAACUAAGCCAGGGCUAUUCUACACAAGACAUGCAUUCCCAUCUAUUCCUCAGGAGUUCCCAUUUGAACCAUCAAACCGGUGAGCAGGGCCACUGACAUAUUUGCUUUGCACUGCUCUCUUUCAUUGAUUCUCACUUCCAGGUGUCAUGGUCUCAGCUAGUCAUUAGGCACCAGAAAGAGACUUUCAGUGCAAAAUUGUCGCUGCAUUGAGAAAUAAACCAUUGACGGUUGGAUGAAUAUGCCGCACGUCGUCAUUGAUUGUUAUUAAUAGGUUAGCUACGAGAUAGCGAUUGCCAUUGACUUGGAAGCUGCAAAUCCUGUAUGAUCAUCAGUAUCUAUGGAUCUUAAAUGAUCUAUAAAAUAGAGAGUAUAUGCCUGUUGGCAUGUAGUUGCUAGUUAGUCCAUGUUUGUAAGAGAACACUCGAAGGCCGGAAAUAACCAUUUCAACUAGUUUCAGAGCAUCUGCUGUCUUUUUCUUUUCUCCAGUCUCCGAUUGUUGUGCUAUACUUUGAUGCAUCGACGAUCGGGAGCGUCGAAAACUUUUAAGUGUAUGUGCAAAUUCCCAUUGAAAAAAGGCUGCAGGAGCGUGUGCAUUUUUUUUAACUUCAAAUAGAAGUCUCUUCGACAA